GGCAAAAUUUGGUGAGACUACAUUGCUCUCUCUCUCCUUUUUUUGAACCCAAAACGCAUUGGUACUACUAUGGAGGGAAAGUCUUUAAGUAGGAAACCUAACCUGUCUUCUCUCCUCGCCUCUCUCAACAAGUACAUUUAGAUUUAUUUAAUGUCUCUGACACAGAGAGAGAGAGAGAGAGAAGAAGAAGAAGAGGAAGUGUCAGUUUGCGUGAGUUCUGAGGUUCGUGGUUGUUUGUUGAGGUUAGUUAAAAGGGCGAUGUUGAUGGUCUCAUUGUAAGUAUCGGACUCCAAAACCCAAUACAAAAUACAAUCAAACAGUUACUUCAAAGCCUUUCUAUUUCUAUUAAAAGCUUCCAUAACCUUCUUCGAUCCUAUCGCCUCCCCCUUAAUCUUUUUCAGAUCAGAAAUAAAUAAAUAAAAAAAAUACCCCUUUUUCCUCUUUUGGCUUGUUUUUGGUCCUUCUUUGGUAAACUCGUUGUGGUUUGGAUCUGGGGGUGGUCUUCUUGUUCCUUUAAUACCAGUUCAUACUUUGGUUUCCGCUUAAAAGGGUUGGUUUCAUUUUUGAGUGAAAACGACUACAAUGGCUACAUUCACGGUGCCGUGCCCCAAAGCAACGGCGUCUAACUCAUUGGGUCGCGUUGGCUUGACGGUCCGGAAUUCGCUUCCAUUCCAGCAGCCAAGGCGGCUCAGCUUUCAACAUGGCGAUAAUGCGUCUCUCUCUUUCGGGUUUCAGUCCCAUAACAGUAAGCAGCCAACCAUAUGGAAGGUGCAGGCUCAGCUAAAUAAGGUUGCUGUUGCAUCAAAUUCUAUCCCUGUACCUCCCCCAAAGUCUGCUGUUGGAUCAUCGGAAGAGAAGGAUGAGUCUCCGGAAGAAAUUACUACACACAACAAUGUUCCAGAUCCAUCAUCAAUCGCUGCAUUCAUGGCUCAAGUAUCAGACCUUGUCAAACUAGUAGAUUCAAGAGAUAUUAUGGAGCUGGAACUGAAGCAGUUGGAUUGUGAGCUUAUAAUAAGGAAAAAGGAAGCCAUUCAACAGCCAGCACCCCCGGCUGCCCCAAUGCAAACUUAUUAUCCCCAAGGCAUGUACCUAUCACCACCACCGCCACAAGCCCCGGCAUCUUAUGAUGCCCCUGCAAGCCCUCCUCCUCCUUCGGCACCAGCACCCGUCUCACCUGCCUCUGCACAGUCUAGCAAGUCAUCUCAUCCACCUCUAAAAUGCCCCAUGGCUGGCACCUUUUACCGGUCUCCUGCACCUGGGGAGCCACCAUUUGUUAAGGUAGGAGAUAAAGUACAGAAAGGUCAAGUCAUUUGCAUCAUUGAAGCCAUGAAGCUGAUGAAUGAAAUAGAGGCUGAUCAGUCUGGAACCGUAGUGGAGGUAUUGGCAGAGGAUGGGAAGCCCGUUAGCGUGGACACGCCUCUCUACGUGAUUGUACCGUGAGUAACUUGGCGAGGACCUUUCCAAGCUUGUUUGUGAAAACACUGUUUCAUGAGUUUAGUCUGCAACGGUUAAUGUAUUGUAUUUUCAAUUUUAUUAGUACGUUCUUUGUUUCAAGUAUUUCUUUUUAUUUAAUUUUUCCUUCUACAACCAACUGAUAAUUUAAGAGUAUAAUAUGGCAAAAUGCUGAAUAUGUUGCGCAAUGAGUAAUGUUGAAUAUUGAAACAGAGUUAAUGGCAUAGACAGUUCUGGGUAGUGUAAUGAUUUUAUCUACCUAUUAUUUUCUUUUA